UGCAUCCGCGUACCUAAUUUUGAAAUAUGGCCGACGUUGAUGUUGAUGUGCCCUCUGCUGCGCCCGUCGUUGGCGGUGCUAUGGAUAUUAAUACAGCCCUGCAAGAAGUCCUGAAGAAGUCGCUUAUUGCCGAUGGACUCGUGCAUGGCAUUCACCAGGCUUGCAAGGCUUUGGACAAGCGUCAAGCUGCGCUCUGCAUUUUGGCCGAAUCCUUCGAUGAACCCAAUUACAAGAAGCUUGUCACAGCUCUCUGCAAAGAGCACGAGAUUCCCCUGAUUCGUGUCGACUCGCACAAGAAGUUGGGCGAAUGGUCUGGUCUGUGCAAAAUCGACAAGGAGGGCAAGCCACGCAAGGUCUGCGGCUGCUCAGUGGUUGUCAUUAAGGACUACGGUGAGGAGACACCCGCCUUGGAUGUUGUCAGGGAUCAUCUCAGACAAAACAGCUAAACUAUGCGUGUGUGUGUUUUCGUGCAACGUUAGGAACGUGUUUGGGUCACGCAAAAUGAGAUAAUGGCCGAAGUUUUUUCUAAUAAUAAAAACAUAAGAAAUCCACAAA